UAACUGGAUAAGAACGACAGAAGCAAUAAAUGAUAAUGAAAAGAAAACAGGAAACCUACUCAUCCACCCCGGUCAACUCAAACUGCUGGCACCCAUUAAAACUACUCGCAUUUUCAUUUCAAAAACCACCCGUUCUGAUGAUAACAAUUCCCAAAGAGAAAAAUAAAUCAUUUCUGCUAUCUGGUUGGGAGUCUCAUUUGUCUCAAAGGUCCUUCAGUCUGGGCAUCGUGGCCAUCGCCCCGCCGAACCGAACGCCUGGUCAUGUAGUUCUUCUCCCGUCAGAUUCUCGAUCCCUGGGAUCCAACUAUUGUUCCAGAUUGAGAUGUUGUCCCCCUACCCAUUCUCCACCACAUUCCAUUUUGUAUAAGCCCCUUAGCUGCCCAAAUACUUCUCCAAGUAAGUGUAGAUUGGAAGACCAAAAAAGGAGGACAACACUAUCCAGGACAACCGUACCACUCAACUGGUUUAGAUGUGCCGACUACAAAAUAAAAUAAAGACUAAAAGCACAAAGCGAAACAAAAGAACAAAAACCUAAAACCACUUGCCAGAGGCGGCAGGCUCAAGAGCGUGCUAGGGUAGCAGACUUAUUUAAUUUUUUUGUAAUUAAAUGAUAAGACAUUACUAAUUAAAUGAAUAUCAAUAUAAUUUUGGGACUAAAUUUUAAGUGUACAAACAAUCAACUUAAAGUUCAUGAUUCUUUCUUACAACAAAA